AUGACGACAACAAUUAAUCCACUGAUGUCCCCACAUAAGACGAAAAAAGUAAUCAAGUUAGUACCCCCGGAUGGAGGCUGGGGAUGGAUGGUGAUACUAGGGACAGCUCUUAGUAAUAUUUUUAACGUAUCAAUGCUAUCCUUAUUCAGUCUGGUUUAUGGAGAUGCUUUGGAGGCUAUGGGACACAAAACACAGGGUGCAGCUGUUGUACUUAGUUCAAUGUUGUUUGUCUCGAAUUUCGGUGGACCCGUAGCAGGUGCCAUAGUUAAAAUAACAUCACCAAGAUUUACAGCGGUCAUGGGAGCUUGCUUUUGUACCGUGGGAAUAUUUUUUAGUGGAUUCUCGACAAAUAUAUGGCAUUUGGUAACUACUUACGGAGUGUUAUUAGGACUAGGCUUAGAUUGUAUUUCGAACUCAACAUUUGUUUCAAUAAAUAGCUACUUCAAACAAAGGAAAAGCCAAGCUGUGGGUCUGGCAAAUGUUGGUACGAACAUCGGCCAGAUGCUAAUGCCACAUGUAGUAAGGUAUCUAUUGGAAAAUUAUGGAUUUCGCGGCACAUGCUUGCUUUUGUCUGCUUUGAGUUUUAAUGGGGUAGCCGGGUGUUUGUUGCUACAGCCCGUAAAAAUUCAUAUGAAGAAAAUCAUAGAAGAGGUAACAGUAGAUGAAACAAUAUAUUCAUUAGAAAACGAACAAUUUGAUAUGGUUGUUGUAGAAAGGCCCGAUCUAAACCAAGAGUUGCCAAAAUGUAAUAAACAACAAACGGAAAUGCAGUUAGUAAACAGAAGUAAAAUUAAUGUUAGUAAAGAAAGCACUGAUAAAUUAGAAACCACCAGUCCAAACAAAAACGACAGCUUUGAGGAAGGAAAAGAAUCCAAUUGGCUAAGGAAACUAUAUGAUUUAUUUGGUAUCGUACUGUUAUCUGACAUUAGAUUCAUUAACAUUGUAAUAGGUACAGCGCUAACCACAACUUCAAUAGCGAACUUCAGUUUAGUGUAUCCAUUAUUUUUGCAGAAUGCGGCAUCUUUGGAUAAGCAGCAAACUGCAAAUUGUAUGUCAGCAGUAGCAGCGGCGGAUAUGGUUGGUCGCCUCACCUUGCCUGUGCUUCAAGACAAGUUCAAAAUAAAAGCCAGAUGGAUGCUUAUAAUGACAGCCAUUUGGGUUAUUGUAAUCAGACAAAUUUUAGCACACCAGACAGAUGUGACACUUUUAUUAGCCCUAUCUAUCCUUUAUGGCUUUGGUAGGAGUAUGACUGUCGUCACCAAGAAUAUCACUAUAUCAGAAAACUGCAAAUCGGAACUAGUGCCUGCUGCAGUUGGAUUAGGCAUGCUAUCGAUGGGUAUAAUUGCACCACCUCUUGGAUAUUUCCUCGGAUGGAUUAGAGAUUACACAGACAGCUACAUUGCUUGUAUUGCAGCUCAAAAUGCGUUAUUAGUCAUAUUAUUAGUAACCUGGCUUCCUGAUAUGUUGUACUUACACAUAAAAUCAAAUAAAGAAAAAAAAACAUUAGACCCGAUAAAGGUAUUUACUAAAAUGUAG